UUAACUGAUAAAAAAUGUGGUUUAUCUUCAAGGUUGAAGCAGGCAUCAGGCACAUCGCUUUGGUGAUAUCCCCUUUAUUGAGCCUUAUAGAAGACCAGAGAAGAGAGCUUGAGAAUCAUAAUAUUUCAUCUUUGGGUGUUACUCAUGAAACAUUCACAGAUUUGGAUGGUAUUUAAAUUUAGUCGCAAAGUUUGAUUAUAUAGAGUUAUGAGUCUAACAAUAAAACUCAUCAUAACUUUUGAAAUAUAAAUGAAAAGCUGUGCGAGAAAUCAAUAUCAUUUUCAAUAAUUCAAUUAUUUAUAUCAUAAUUAAUUCUCUUUCCUUCAUGUAAUAUACAUUUUACUUAAAUUAUGAAAGUCAUUUGUUUUUGUUUUUUGUUGUUCGUAGAUUUAUGUAAGGCAGACGCAUCGAUAGUUUUCACUACACCUGAAGCUCUUCAAAAUAAAAAUUGGAGAAAAAUAUUGUUGGAUGAAAACUUCAAGAAAAGAUUGUGUCUUAUAGCUUGUGAUGAGGCUCACUGCAUAUCUGACUGGGGUGAAGACUUUAGACCCGAAUUUAGGGAAAUAUCUUCAAUUAGGAGCUUUAUAGAUGCCCCGUUUAUAGCCUUGACAGCUACAGCUACAGACAAAGUACAGGAAGAUAUAUUCAGAUACCUUUUGUUCGACGAAGACCUCACUGUUUCAGUGGCUGUUAUACCAGACAGGCCAAAUAUCUUUCUUCAAGUAAAUGAAAAUUGCACAAGAGACUUUCAGUCCGAGCUAGAAUGGUAUUUGAAAUAUCUCCUGGAAACCGACGAAUGGAAGAAAACAAUCGUUUUCUGCAGGUAUGCCAUUUUGAGCAGAAAUCAAGUCUUUUAUUGA